GUCACUCGGGGCUUCCGAGUUAUUAGGCUAGCUCUACCUCUGUGUUCAUGUCGUUAGACUCUGUUAACGUCGCUACUUUGUUGUGGAGUACCCACCAAAAGAGACCAUGAAAAUGCCCAAGGCUCACAACGGUAACGAAAGGUUUGAAUAUUGAGACGUCGUUGUCAGGGACGACGGUCAGACCGAGAGGCAGAAUGUCAACAACGCGGCCCCUCCUCGGAAUGAGACGAGUCACCGAGCUAACGUGCCCGGAACAGCCGAGCAGCAGGCUCCCUGCGUCAGCCGGCAGGCAGCAGCAAGAGGCCCCCACCGUGGACGAGUUUACAGUCCUAGAGGAUAAAGAAGAAGAGCUGAAAUGUGCCAAGCCUCGAGUGGAGCAGGUUUUUAAAGUAACGUUCACCAUUAUCGGUCUGUUGGACCACACGGGACAGCCGCACGGCAGCAAAACAUCACGGCAGAUAUGGCUGCAACUGAGAGGAAACAGAGACGACGUGUCAAAGGCAAAGGAAUAUGUUCGAGGACUCUGUGACCCAGAACUACAGAAAGAGGAGCGGUACCCAGUGGACAUGCACUGUAUCUUUGCUGGUGCCCGUGGCCUCUUCCUGGACAGGCUCAUACGGGAUACAAGUGCCGAGGUUCAGGUGCCUGAGCCAGGCCGGCUGCGGCUGUUGGGCCGGGCUGAGCCUGUCGUGAUGGCCCAAAGCAGAGUUCAGCAGUUUGUAGCACUAUUCCAGGAGAAGCGAAGUCUACCGAGUGACAGAGAGCCAGCAGUGAAACGAGCGUUCAAAUCCUUCGUGGAGGAAAGGGAUGAUAAGUACACUAUGGAGCUUCUUCUGUUGCCCAGUGCCCUGAAGGAAGAGUUACUAGGACUGGCUCACAGCCCCACUAGCACAAACACAUCCUCCCUGGCUCAGCUCAACCAGACACUGCAUCCCAGCAUGUCUGAGGUUGACCAGGACCGCUCGCAGAGUAGCACCCCAGUGACAGAACUCUCUAACCGCAUCCUGGACACUAGCUUUGAAGACAAAGGGACUGGGCCGGCAUCUGUCAUUGGAGCUGGUAAAGCAGGAGGUGGGAUAGGUUUAGGUCCUGAGGUCAUCCUGCUCAAUGGCACUCGGCCCUCACACAAACGGCGCUCAUCUGAGAGCGAGACUCGGGACACAAAGAGACAAUACUCUCUGGAGCGGAGAGACGAGUCACCGGAGAGAGCGAGAGAGCGGGAGCGGCAGAGGGACAGAGAGGGUCGGAGUGGUAGUAGCAGCUGCAGAUCCAAAACGCCCUCUGCUUCAUCAUCCCUCUCCUCUUCAGCUAAAGCAAACACUGUCGGUCCGAUCAUGCUGGACUCCAGUGAAGGUAUCUCCGAUGAUGGAGAGGCAGUCAGCCCAGAAACUAACCUUCGCUGCUUGGUCAAUUUCUUCAGAACCAUGGGUUACCAGCAGGAAGUAGUGGAGCGCGUUGUCAAGGAGACAGGACAGACAGAAGAUACUUUCCUCGUCCUGGAGAAGAUCGUUGAGGAGACCAAGCGUUGUGAGGAGGGGUCAAAAGGAGGAGAAAAAGAAAGACGACUGAACUCUAUGCGCUCCCCAGAUACUCCCACCUCAUCCUCCUCCUCCUCCUCUUCCUCUACUGUCUCUCGACUCAGAGAGAAGGAGCGCGAGCUGAGCAGAGCAUUGGUAGACCCAGGCAGGUCUAAAGAGAACAUUAAGCCCAACCAGCAUGGCAGCAGUAGCAAUGGGCUGGGGCACCGAAGACAGUGCAGCGGCAGCGAAACAAGCACUCAACAGGCAAUCACUAUCAAGAGGAGCUCGAGUGCUCAAGGAGGAGCAGGAAACUACGAGGUUAUUACCAUUGACGAUGACGAUGAUGUCAUCCCCACGGAACCCAAAACAGCAGAUGGUAGGAUGUCACGGAUGAUGACUGUGGCACACCUCGACACCCACUCGGGAUCCAGAACAGACUACCUGGCGCGGGGAGGGAGUGGCGUCUCACAGAGAGACUACCUGUCGAGGGGUGGGACUCAGACAUUAGGAGGAUCAGUCAAAGUUGAGAGUGUGACAGCACUACGCAGCACGCCUCAGUGGCUGACUGCCACCACCUCCUCCUUGGCUUCCACUCCCAGUUCAGCUCAGCCCAUCAACCGGCCCUCGGCCUCUCCCUAUCAGACCAUCGGCCACGUGGGGUUUCACGGAAGUGCAGCCAGGACACCUCCUGCAAACGACCCCCCCGCACCACCAGUGACCGGUUUGGCUCGUUUCCAUCAGUCACUGAGGACUCCCUACACUCUGAAGCUGCCAAACGAGCCGGGACGUCCAGAGCUCAGACACAUUAUCAUAGAUGGUAGCAAUGUGGCUAUGGCUCACGGCCUUCAUCGGUUCUUCUCCUGUCGAGGCAUAGCACUGGCAGUGGAGACGUUUUGGAGGCGGGGCCACAGAGAGAUUACAGUAUUUGUCCCUCAGUGGCGUCAGAAGAGAGACCGACUCACAACAGAGCAACAUUUUUUAAACCAGCUGGAGGACCUGAGGCUGCUGUCCUUCACUCCCUCCAGAGAGGUCUGUGGCCAGAGGAUAUCCUCACACGAUGACAGAUUUCUGCUCCACCUCGCAGAAAAAACAGAUGGGAUCAUUGUUACCAAUGACAACCUGAGGGACUUUGUCGACACCUCCGACACCUGGCGCAAGAUUAUUCAAGAGAGGCUGCUUCAGUUUACUUUUGUGGAGGACCACUUCAUGAUCCCUGAUGACCCUCUGGGGAAAAACGGACCUCACCUGGACAUCUUCCUGCGUAAAGACAACAGGAGAACCGCAGUCACUCCUCCUCCUCUGAGACCCCCAGACUUCCGGCCGUCCUCCCAGCAGCAGCAGCCAGUUUACGUCCAGGCCCUCCACUCUGCCCCUCGGACCCCCACCUCCACACCAAGGCCUCCUCCCUCCCUGAUGCCCCACUCCACAGCGCACUGGCCCCACUCUGGUCCCCCUGAAUGGCACCCGCCCCGCCAUUCCCCCUCACCAUCACCCUCGCCUCCACCCCAGCGAUCACCGGGGGAGACAUCAGAGCUGAAGAGAAAGCUGUACGACAUCUUCCCCGACCAGAAGCAGCGGAUCGACCGUAUUCUCAGCGACAACCCAUACAUGAGAGACCUGAACGCCCUGUCGGGGCUGCUGCUGGGAUAAAUAACUGGCUCUGCCAUGAGAAUCAGCAGACACACACAAUAUGUACACACAAUCGCAAGAAUAUACAUACAGCAUAAAUAUAAUUUAUUUCACCGUCUCUUCCAGCCUGGAGGACAUGGAUAGUUUUAUUAUUUUACAUUCAGACUGGUCGUCAAACUAGCUGCUAUUGGCAGAGUAUUUUUGGAAUGUUUUCCGUUUUCUCUCUCUCCCACCUCCUUUGCUUUCAAAGUGAUUAACAUGAACAACACUGGUGUCUACAGAAUCAAAAUGUUCAGAAAUUGCCAUAGUUGUGAAGCAGCAAAGGCUACAUUGUUCAGAUUAUAAUAAAUCAUUAUAGUCCCUUAACAAGAGUCCAGAGGUUCCAUGAAUGUGGGACUGGCACUGGAAGAAAAUAUUUUGGACCAAACACAGUGAACUGGUCGCACAGGACAGCGGCUCCAGCUCUGCACAUGAUGGGUUUCUUCUCCAAAACCUUGUUUACCAUCAGACUUUUAACACCUCUCACAAAGAGCUUUUUCUUGAUGACAUUAUUGACACUGGCAGGUUUUGCAUGUUUUCACAUUUUCAACAUACGACUUACAUACAGUACUUAUAAUAUUCUGGAACAGAAUUCAUUCACUGUCGGGCAGCGCCAGGGUAUUAAACUUGACAUCAGCAAAUUGUUUCAGCUCUUCAGGAGUCAUUCAACAUCAGCAAGGAAUAGUUUAAUUGUAUCAUACUUUGAUUUCCCAGACAAUGCACUUGUUGGAGAGCGGUUUUAUGAAGAUAACCGUGGUGCCCUUUAUUAGAAAUAUUUCAGGAAGCAUAUUGAGAUCAUUAGCUUUCGCAUCAAAGAAUAUUUAUUCUUAAUAUUGGACAGAAAUGGCAGAAAGAAUAACAAGAAAAUUACAUACAAGGCCAGCGUCUUGAGGCUGUAUUGAUGGGCAGUCAACCUGUAGUAUUUUUUUAUCAUUUCAGAUAUAGCUCACUUUGUGUAUAUAUCCAGGCUGAGCUCAACUCACUUAUCAAUCUACUUCUUAAUUAAAGCAGCACUGCCCAUCUCUAUCCACUCAAUAUGUUACCUGUAUAUCCUGGCUCAAUUCAAAUGAUGCUUUUAGACACUACCAGUUCUCCCUACAAAGUCAGUGCAAUAAUAUCUGACACAUUAAAAGUUUUCUAAGGGACCAUAAUUUUCUGAGUGAGAAACUUUUCUUUUUAAAUUGUUCCUAUUGGUAAUAAGUUGUUUAAAAAUUUGUUUGUUUUUUUCGGCAAGAAACUGUCUAUGACAAGAAAUCUAUGACAAGGCUCGUGUUGCUUCUCAAACCUGAUGUUUAAAGCUGUGGAGGAACACAGGUGCUGAACCUGAAGUUGCUGCUCUGAUGAUCUGUUAUUGAACAUCACUUCAACAAGAAUUUGAUACAUGGUGAAGUUUGUUCCAGAAUGACUUGUUCCAGUUAGAUACGCUAUUGAACAGUGUUUUUCAGGAGGAUACAGUUACUAGUUCUUCAUUUUGCAUUUUGUUCUGAGAUGCUUCAGAGAUGUGAGUUAUCAGCCUCGGCCUUUAGGCAAUACGUUUCAGUCCAUCCGGCCAUGGAUGGAAACAAACACUACAAAAGUUUGGAUUCAACCUUUCGUUGAUUGAUUUAAAUUUCCUACUUAAAUUUGAAAGAUGACACAACUUUAGUUUGCUCGCCCAAAAAAUCUUGCAAAGACCUCAGAUUUACUUAAAUUACAUUUGUAAUUAGUGUUUAAUUGCAGAAUUUAAUGCACUGAAGGCAAGUAAUGAUGUAGUGAGUAAAACAAGGUUUUACUGACGACUCUUCAGAAAGCUUUUUUUACCCUCAUACACCCAGAGAAUGUGGGCUGCAGCUUGCAUAUUUGAUGUGCAUCUGAGUUUUGUAAUAUACAAACACUUUCUCCUUGUAAGAAAAGAGUCUCUGCACAAAAACUUUACAAGGUGUCAAAAAAUAAGUUCUGUUCGUACUUGCUAUGUUGUUGUUGUGAGGAUUACUGAAGGACUCAUAUUUUUUUUUGUUGUAUUAUAAUUCUUUGGUGUAUAUUAAUUUCUUUUUUGUAAAUACAAGCAUUUUUGGCUAGAGUGCACAUAUGGUUUUAUGUAUGUGAAAAAGGCAAAAUAAAAUGCAGCAGUCCCCAUAAAACUUUUUUAGCAUAG